AACGAGCCCAUAAGAUGCUGUGGGACCCCGUUUCAACCCGUUUGUAAGUCUCUCAUCUCCCAGCCCAACUCCACUCACCGUAAUUCCUAGCGUCCAUCUUUCUCAGACGUGUGUUUUCCGAUGAAGAGACAGAGGAGAUGAGGGGGAUAGCACGGGUUUCGGGUGUGGAGAUGUUUAUAGUUGUGGCGUUGAAUGUUUUAUUAGAUAGUCUUUUGGGUUGUACAAGUGGCGGCGUUUUGGUACGAGGGAAGAGGAAGGUGGGGAAUGGCGAGGAGAUUCAGGGACUGAAGAUGAUGCAUUUUAGGACUUUGGAUUGGGGUAUGGAUGGGUUGAGGAAUUUACUUGUUACUUUGGAGUUUGUGAGGUCGAAGUCGAGGGAGCCGGAAAGAGUCAUUGCUAGGUCAAUUCCAUAUGCUGGGUUUGUUGGUGUGUUGACAGGAGUGAGGUUAGUCUUUCUCUCCUAGACUGGAAGAAUAGAUACUAAUAAGCUUCGACUCAGGCAAGAUCUCUCAGUUUCUCUCAACUUCCGUCCUGUGCACUAUUGUUCAACUGUCUCACUCCGAGCUCAUCAACUCCUCGUACCCCUAGGCUUCCGUCCCUCAAUAGCAUCUCAUCUUCGCUCAGCACUGUUCCCACCAAAUAAAAACACUCCAAUCCCAGAUUUAUUUCAAUCAGUCAAAACACUCCAAGCAAUCAAAUCCUCGCCCUGCUACCUAAUUCUCUGCUCCGGAACAAAAACCACAGUAAUCGAACGCGACCUCUCCACUUCCAAACUCCGCACCUCCACCCAAUUCAUAGUCCACACCAACCACGACCAAGAGAUCCCAUCUUUCGUACCACAGACCAUCAAACACUCCCCAGUUGGUUUAAAUUUCUGGAUCGAAGACAGUGAAUACCGAGCCGAAUGCGUAGCCACCAAAUGGGCAGCCGUGAAAACCAAGCACGAAAACAAGCAGAAAUAUGAGCCAGCCUUAAAAGAUGUACGACCUAGUAUUGUGAUGGAUACGUUGAUUUCUUGGGUGAAAACAUAUCCGGUUAUGAAUGAGACGAGCCAUUUUGGGUGUGUGAUGGAUCCGAGUACGGGGGGGAUUGUGAUGUUGGAACGGGAUGGUUUUAAGAAGCAUAGACCGAAUGGAGUUUUGAGUAUGAAUUGAUUGAUGGAUGUCUAUGGUUCCCGAAUGAUACUAUCAGAUAAAUAGAACUGGCAAAGGAAAU